AUGGCGCAGCCGGAUAGUCGUCAUCAUAACAGCAACAAUCAACACAACGAACGUCAACAACGGACGAACAAUACAUGUGCUCAUUGCGAUUGGUCUCCACGCGGUGGUUUGCGCAACGAACUCCUCAGUUUGACUGCCUGUGGAAUGUGUCUAAAGGUCGUUUACUGUUCGGAUGACUGCCAAACUGCAGGCCGAAAGACACACAUGAUCCAGUGCAAACGGUGGGAGAUGACACGAACCCACCUCACCGACGAAUCUGCUUGGAAUUCCACAUCAUCGCAGCUGUUUAACGAAACUUCUACAAAGCGGACAAUGGACUCAUACUUGACAGGCACCAUGCCAGAGAAACAGUUGGAUACACGACAUCAUUGCAAACCAGCAGUCGAGGCCGAAGAGAAAUGCCAAGUAAACACCACUUCGUUCGUGCCGGGCGUUUCAUUUACAUGGCCCUUUCUGCGUUGGACAUCUGCCUUGGAAAUGUUGCAGCAGACUGAAUCGUCUCCAAAGACAACAACCAGUACUGAUUGGGAUCGGUGCCGUUCAUCAAUAUUGCAGUGCUGGGAUUGUCAUUUGCAGCAGGCAGCGGAAAGCUUGAAAGCCGGAGAUCCCGUGGACACAUCCCAGUAUGCGUUCACAGGCGAGAACCUGUGGAACCAGUUAUCAUUGGUACUCUGUCACGAAUCUGUUGCCAGGGUUAUUUUAGAGAAAGCAUUGGACUCAAACAAGGAAGAUGGUACUCCCUUGCGAGAAUUCUUUGCUCCGUUGAUUGGAAUGUUGGAUCUGAAGAAUUACAAAGGAAAGGACAGUCUGGAAAUUAUCACAAACAAAUGCGCGGCAACUCUUGUGAUGCAAGCUCGGAGGCAGUGUGGUCCAUCCAUUGUAAGCCCGUUCCAUUUGGAGGCUGCCUUUACUAGGGGCAUGGACGAUGUUCAACUCGCGUUUUGGAAGGGUGUUGCUCUCCCGACUGCUAAAGGUAUGAUAGAAACGACUCCAGCAACACGCUGA